AUCCUCCACUCAGGCCACUGGCCAUGGGUGGCUGCUUCUCCAAGCCCAAACCAGUGGAGCUCAAAAUCGAGGUGGUGUUGCCGGAGAAGGAGCGAGGCAAGGAGGAGCUGGCAGCCGGUGGCAAGGGCAGUCCACGGGCCUACCAGGGCAAUGGCACUGCCCGCCACUUCCACUCGGAGGAACACCUGCCAGCCCCUCACCCCUACCCUGGCCCUCAGGACUGUGUGGAAGCUGCUGUCUGCCAUGUCAGAGACCUGGAGAACGGCCAGAUGCGGGAAGUGGAGUUGCGUUGGGGCAAGGUGCUGCUGCUCAAGGAGGGUGGAGAAUUCCAUGCACUGGGCCACAAAUGCCCGCACUACGGCGCACCCCUCGUCAAAGGCGUGCUGUCCCGUGGUCGGGUGCGCUGCCCCUGGCACGGUGCCUGCUUCAACAUCAACACCGGGGACCUGGAAGAUUUCCCAGGCCUGGACAGCUUGCACAAAUUCCAGGUGAAGAUUGAGAAGGAGAAGGUGUACGUCCGGGCCAGCAAGCAGGCCCUACAGUUACAGCGAAGGACCAAGGUGAUGGCCAAAUGCAUCUCUCCAAGUGCUGGGCACAGCGGCAGCACCAAUGUGCUCAUCGUAGGUGCAGGGGCGGCCGGCCUGGUGUGUGCAGAGACACUGCGGCAGGAGGGCUUCUCCGACCGGAUCGUGCUGUGUACACUGGACAGGCACCUCCCCUACGACCGGCCUAAGAUUAGCAAGUCCCUGGAUGUGCAGCCUGAGCAGCUAGCUUUGAGACCCAAGGAGUUUUUCCGGGCCUAUGGCAUCGAGGUGCUCACAGAGGCCCAGGUGGUCACAGUGGAUGCAAAAAACAAGAAGGUCGUGUUCAAGGAUGGCUUCAAGCUAGAGUACAGCAAGUUACUGCUGGCACCAGGGAGCAGCCCCAAGACUCUGAGCUGCAAGGGCAAAGAAGUGGAGAACGUGUUCACCAUCCGUACACCUGAGGAUGCCAACCGCGUGGGGAGGCUGGCCCGGGGCCGCAAUGUCGUGGUUGUGGGAGCUGGCUUCCUGGGCAUGGAGGUGGCAGCCUACCUGACCGAGAAGGCCCACUCGGUGUCCAUGGUGGAGCUGGAGGAGACGCCCUUCCGAAGGUUCCUAGGGGAGCGUGUGGGGCGUGCCCUCAUGAAGAUGUUUGAGAACAACCGGGUGAAGUUCUACAUGCAGACGGAGGUGAUGGAGCUGCGAGCCCAGGAGGGCAAGCUGAAGGAGGUGGUGCUAAAGAGCAGCAAAGUUGUGCGGGCUGACAUCUGCGUGGUGGGCAUCGGUGCGGUGCCCGCCACGGGCUUCCUGCGACAGAGUGGCAUAGGACUGGACUCCAAGGGCUUCAUUCCCGUCAACAAGAUGAUGCAGACCAACAUCCCCGGCGUGUUUGCGGCUGGCGAUGCCGUCACCUUCCCCCUUGCCUGGAGGAACAACCGCAGAGUGAACAUCCCCCACUGGCAGAUGGCUCACGCCCAGGGGCAUGUGGCGGCCCAGAACAUGCUGGCACAGGAGGCGGAGAUCAGCACGGUGCCCUACCUCUGGACUUCCAUGUUUGGCAAAAGCCUGCGCUAUGCAGGCUACGGAGAAGGCUUUGAUGACGUCAUUAUCCAGGGGGAUCUGGAGGAACUGAAGUUUGUGGCUUUUUACACCAAAGGCGACGAGGUGAUUGCCGUGGCCAGCAUGAACUAUGACCCCAUUGUGUCCAAGGUGGCUGAGGUGCUGGCCUCUGGCCGGGCCAUCCGGAAGCGGGAGGUGGAGCUGUUUGUGCUGCACAGCAAGACUGGUGACAUGUCUUGGCUCACUGGAAAAGGAUCCUGAG